AUGGCUUCCACCUCUGCCUCGAGCUCCCAAUCCUUCACCACGCUUCACCCGUCCCAGCCGGCGCCGUCUCUGGAAUACGCCACAGUCAGCGACUUGCAGACAGCAGUCGACAAUUUGCGAACGUACAUGAGUUCGCAAGUCGGCACCAUCAGGGAGAUGCUCCGCAGCUUCGAAGAUGCAAGAUACAAGCAAGACAGGGCUGAGCCCACUCUACUCAGAAGCGUGGAACAGAACCUGAAAGAUCAAACUCAGAGGUGCCUAAAGCUGGAGGCGAAGUUACUGGAGGCCACGCAGACGAUUGAAAGACUAGAGAGGUUGAUAGAGCGCAAGUUGGGAGAUCUGACACCUACCCCUACUGAGGCAGGAGGAAGUCCGCAGCCCGAAUUGCCGGCUACGCCAGCGACGCCCAACGGGAUAACACAUCCGAACGGGGAAGCGCACGGAACACAGGCGGGUUCGUCGGCAACCGCUCAGCAUGACCCAAGUGCAACAGGUCCUUCAGUUGUCGAAGGCAUGGCAGACCAUAGUCCAUCGCUGGGAGAAACUGGCACGGGCGGUGAUAGCCAAGCUGGCCCGUCGAGGACUGGGCAGACGUACUCCAAUGGACAAGAUGUCGUGCCACCGAAAGGAUCCAUUGGCUCGACAGCGGAUAAUGGGCCACGGAGCGAGAGAAAGACUGGUCCACCACUUGUCAGGCGUCCGAAGCUGGGGCUGCCGGUCGGUCCAGUCAAUGGAAACAUUGCGGGGUCCAGUCAAGUUGGACAGAAUGACUCAUCAACUAACGGAGAAGCCGGUCCUUCAACACGCGCACCACCGGACCACCCCGUAUCAGCUCGCGAAUCCGUACCAGAACAGCCCACCGACCCGUCAUCAAGCCGUGCUUUGGGACUUGCAGAGUCCGCCCGGCGCAAGAAGCCACUUUCGCGGGCCUUCGCCAUGGACUUCGAACGUUCUGAUCGGGCAGUAAAUGUACCGGAUAUGACGCUCAGCGGGUCCAUCGCCAUGGGCAAUGCAGAGAACGCAUUCCCAAACCUUGUAACGGCAGGACUAUCUGCCAGUGAAGGUUCCCUGUUGGUGGGAGAGUGUGCUCCUACUGACUCUGGAAGGACGCGCGAGGGCCGAUACAGUUCAAGUAGUGCUGUCAACGGAGACCUAGCGGCCUCAAGAGCGGACGACACCCAAUCCAUCGUACCUCAAGUGCCAGGGAGUGGCGUCCAAGAACUUCGCCAGGAAGUAGCGGAAGCGAGCGCCUCUCGUUCGUCGACUGAUCCGUCGGGUAGUUCUAGUGUCUCUUGCGCAAAGAUUGAACGUACGGAGAACCCAUCGGGAUCGGGGAGAGUUGUGACAAGCCAGUUAUGCUCUCCAUCGGCAGGCUCUGUCAAGGAAGAGUCGCCCGAGGCUCAGACAACAGGCGCAGCCGCUAGCCAAGCAAACAAUAUGCCCAACGCUAGCUCCUCGUCGACGCACGGGCCUAGCAUGAGCGUUGUCGCAGGUCAACAGCUUCGCCGUAGUCAGCGAACCAGGAAGAGGCGAUUCGAUGACAGCAAUGGACAGCCGUCCACUUCCACGGCCGCAGAGCGCCCUGCGAGGGGAGGGGGUAAACGGCGUAAAACCAGGAAAUGA